GUCGGAUUGUUGGCCCGCUAUCCGAUUAAGAAAGCACAGCCGCGUAGGUUGCGGUGUGAUGCUGCCCAGCUUGGAGGUACGCCUUCCGAAGCUGUGACUCCAAAACUAUCUCGGAAAAGAGCAACAUUGGUGACCGGAGAGAAUCGGCGACCGAGUUUAUCCUGUCUUUGUUCCGAUCUUUCCUAAAUUCCGUUCCGCUCAUAUGUUCCGAAUUUUAUUCUAACGAGGGUCAAGACAGGAAAACAGAUUUCAAAACAAAGUUUGCAUCUAGCCUAUGGCGCAACAAGGUAUUCAGUAGCCUGCGUUGUCGAGGAAGAAGCGGCCUGGCACCCGGCAUCUGAGUAUAAGACCUCCCACUCACACGACAGUGUAUCACAACUCAGCCAAUCUCGCACAGCUUCUAAGUUAAGAUCUUCGAAAAUGCCUGCACUACCCUCCAUUGUUGUUGAAGAAGUCAAGAUCUUCACAGGUCAUGAAUUCAUUGAGAAAGGCUUCGUCAUCAUCCAGGAUGGUCUUAUCAAUGAAGUCGGCCGAGGACAGUUGACUCGAACCGACCUAGAGGGAAUCACUAGAAUUUCUCGACCUGGAUCCACGCUGAUUCCGGGACUGUUCGACGCGCAUAUCCACGCCAUGUCGGGUAAUAUCACCAGCAUGGAGCAGUCCCUGCGAUUCGGCUGCACCACUGUGUGCGAUCUGCACAAUGACCCAGCAGAUAAUGCCCGCUUGAUGAAGCUGGCGAGCGAACAAGCCAACAAGUCGAAAUAUGCAGAUUUCAAGUGUUGCGGCCUUGGAGCCGUCUUCGAAAAUGGCUGGCCCAAGCAGAUCAUCAAGAAGGUACUCGAAGACCAUCCUCAAGUGGACGAAAUCGUCGAUCAUGUUGUCUCGACUUGGCCAAAGAUUCGAGAGCUGGAAGACGCCGAGCCUUUCGUGCGGCAGCAGGUCGAGGAACACGGUGCCUCUUACAUCAAAGUUUUCCACGAGCUUGGAGAUACUUUGGGGAUAGACUUGGUAUCACCACGUCACGAAGUCGUGAAGGCUGUAGUGGAUGCAGCACACAAACAUGGUGUUAUAGCUGUGGGCCAUGCGCUUAGCCAGGCUGGGGCCAUGGCGCUCCUCGACGCUGGCAUCGACGGCCUGGCCCACAUCUUUCUGGACGAAUCAUCUAGUGAUUUCAUCACGAGAAUGGCGUCCCAGCAAGUUCACUGCAAUCCGACGUUGGUCUUAUGCGCUUCCCACACCACGGAGAACCGAGAAAUUCGUCAGCAGUUUCUAGCCGACCCUUUCGCAAAGAAGAUGAUGAUGGAAGAUCCUAUAGACAAGCCAUUGGGGUUUGCAGAGCAUCAACGACCAAAGGCCAGCGUUCAACAUGCGUACAGAACUGUCAGAUCCCUCUAUCAGGCUGGAGUCCCUAUACUUGCAGGGACUGAUGCGUCUGGCCAAGGUUUUGACAUUCCCUUCGGCCUUGGUGUACAUUUGGAGCUGUACUUGCUUGCACAUGAGGUUGGGAUGACUCCCGGGGAUGUCCUCAAGACCGCGACAUCUAUCCCCGCAGAUCGAUUUGGAUUCAAUGACCGGGGAAGAAUCGAAGCGGGAAGAAAGGCUGACUUGGUUCUGCUAGAGGGUGAUGCUGCCUCAUUCUUGUCUGACCGGUACCAGCGGUGUUUACCGAUCACUGGUGUAUGGAGAGACGGAGAGCUUACGACGGUGUUCAGUGAUGGGUUCCCCGAGUUGAGGUAAUCUGAAGUGCUCGUGUGCACGUUACCUACGGC